AUGGCUGCAAGUUAUUUAACUACUGAUAUUAUUGUUAUUAUUGUCUUAGUUAUUGUCAUAGUUCUAAUCGGUGUAUGCGCAUUUUUACUUCAUUAUUAUUGGACAAAAAUAGGUGUUUCUGAAAUAUGGAAUACAGCCAAAUGGAGUUCUAUGCGUCAAUCAGUUUAUAAAACAUUAAGUCGUUUAAGUCGAUCAAAUAAUAGUAAAUAUGUUGAUGACGAUGCUUUAUCUGGUGUAUCAGUUCAUUCAUAUGAUCAGGGUGAUGGUGGAUUGGAAAAGAAAAAAUCAAGUCCUGUUAUAACUUCAAUUUAUACACCCACAAAUAUUAACUCACAGAAACCGGUUUCAGUUACUUCAUAUGAUAAUUCAACACGUCAAAAUAAUACCCCAAGAACUGUUCGUUCAAUUGAUAAUGUGAAAGUCCAUAAUAAUAAUAAUAACAAUAACAAUAGACACGGUGAUCUAUCAAGUAAGAUACAAAAACAGCGUUUCUGA